AUGCACGUCUGGGCCACCUCUACGGAGCCCUCCGAGGCGUGCGCAGCGUCUUCGAUUCGCAGGUUCCGCGGUCCGGCCUUUGAGAUUUGCGCUGUAUCAGCAUCCGUGCCUGCACCCGCGCCUGGCCUCAUACCUGCCAAGUACAUGCGCGAGCCGGGCGCAGCCUGGCCCGAAGCCUGUUGGCAGGUACUCGAUACUGCUGCCCGGCCGCUGCCACUGCUCCAGGUGCUGCCAACGUCGCAGCGCCGGUGGGGACAAGGCGCGGUUAGCUCUGCUGGAGUGCUGGAGGCCCCUCAACUCCACGUUGCCUCAGUCGCAGCACCUGGCUCCAAGCACGGAGUGCCCCAUGGUCUGUGUACCCGGUACCUGCACGCCGACCGCCGGCCGAGUAUCUCUCCCGGCCACUACCUUGCCGUAGGUUUUCACCUAUUGAACCUUGCCCGUCUCCCCCAACCGCUGCCGAGCGCCUCGACGUGCCUGGAACUCGUUGCACCGGGUCACGAGGCUUGCCAUGCUCGAUACGGGAUGCGCCUUUCAGCCCUUUCACCACCCUCAGGCUUGCAUCGGCCGUAG